AGAGAGUUCUUAAAAAGAUCACUCCAUAUAUGUUUUUCCCCUAAACCUGCACAUCAAGACAAACACAUGCCGUCAUUCAUCAAUAGCUUUGUAUGAUAAAUCUUAUCCUCAAGAACAACAACUUUGAACAUCUUUACCCAUCCCGCGGCAAAUGAAGCAGAAAUAACCCCCAAACAUGAUCGCGUACCCCGAUAAAGUGUUUCACCAGUAGCAAAAUACACAAGACGCGAGGAGCCUGACCCCCUGCGGUUGCUUAGUUGCGGUAAACAAGGAAGGCAUCUGAAGGGGAUAGCGUAUAUCUGUUUUCUCUGUCUUCAGCAUAUGGGGGAGAUGUACGAAAGCCGUUAUUUAUAACUGCCGAGAAUCGCUAGGGAGAACAAACUCUGAUGAACGUUCACUUGGAAUUAGCAGAAAUGUCCGAUUCCUCCGGUCCUAUAUGUGAGAAAAUUUAGUGGUGAUAAGAUGCUGCUGGGCAUGUGAAACACGUUUUAAUGUGAUAAAAGGCUUUUGGGAAAUAUUCUUAAUUUCAACAAUUUUCCAGUUGGAAAUGAUGUAACAUGAAUCCCGGAAGUGGUUUGACAGAGCCCAGUGUUUCCGGAAACACCUUACGUCCAUACCUCCGCCGGAAGAAGUCGUCAUUUGGAGAGACCAAGGUGGCGGUCAUUGGAACGGACGGAGUCGGCAAAAGUGCACUGUCUGUGCGGUUCCUGACCAAGAGGUUUAUUGGAGAGUAUGACCAGACUGUCGAAUCCAAAUACAAGUACACGACUACGAUAGACGGAGAAGCAAUCACGUUCGAGGUUUUGGAUACUAUAUCGGAGAAUGAUGAUUGCGGGGCUCGUGAUGACGUAUUGAGAUGGGCGGAUGGUGUUCUGGUCGUUUACUCGGUGGUGAACAAGCAGACAUUUGAUAUUAUACAGGAAAUAAGGAGACGAAUUGACGAAAAUAGAAAAGGCGCAAGCAUUCCAAUGGUUCUUUUAGGAAAUAAAUGUGACCUGGCUCAUAUGAGGAAAGUCACGCCAGAGGAAGGUCAGCGUUUAGCAAACGAAAUAGGAUGUCCUUUCCUUGAAGUAUCCGCUUCCGAGGACGUUGACACAGUAACGGAUGCUUUCCUUAUAUUGUCACGUGAGGUCGUAGAGUUCAAAAGGCGUUCCCGGACCUUCUUUGAUAGGGUCUUUGGAGCGUUUGGAAGAGAAAAAGUGUCGACUUGAUCAACUUUGUCUUUCAUGUGUUUGGAAUCUGAGUGACGUGUUUAAGUUGUUAUUGUGUUUCAUUUGUAUGUUGUUAAUGCAUUUUAGUUUUCAAUAAAUAUUUUACGGUU